AUGACAUAUCGUCCACACAAGCAUAUCCCCGACAAGGAGCGAGUCAUCGCUGGCUACGUCUCUGCGCUCAAUAACCCAGCCACCACGAGCGAGGGCAGAGCGCAUGCUCGCAAGCAGCUUCUCAUGAAAGGACAUGUCAAAGAUGCCUUCUUCUCAACAAGCAUCGAUACCCGCAUUCGACGAGUGCUUGGUCUAAGGGCCAAGCGCAGACAUUGA